AUAUUGAAUCUGGAAUGUUUCUUUAAUGACAUUACUAUUAUUCUAAUAUAUGGAAAAGAGUAAUAAUAUAGAAUGAGUAAGCAUGUCCAAAAUUUGAGUGAAAAAACAUUUACAUUGAAAAGGGAUUAUAAUAACAGCACUAUGAGAUGAUGCUUGAAACUGACAUUAGUAUUUCAAUGUAAAUUGAGUAUAAAGUGACCCAGUUGCCCAACGUCAUACAGUAUGCUUGCUGUGCUCUAUUUAGAUAAUUGCACUACCAAAUGAGCUCUAAAAGCAUUUCAAAACCUGUGCCUGCACACACUGUCUUUUCAAAUUUGGUGGCAAUAAAGUGACUGUGAUAUGUGUAUGGAAACUGUUUAACUGAACGUUCUUUGAAGGGAACAGAGCUGUGGGUUUCCCUGUCAACACCAUCUUCUCAGCAGCAGAUGAGGACAGACAGGAGGGGGGUGUUAUAAACUGCCAACAGGAUGAAAUUUAAGACCCCCAUUCCCCCCACCCCAUCUGUGACACCUCCAAUCUGAACUCCCGUCGUUCCUCUUGAUGUCUUCUAAGAUUUAUGCAGUUCUCUGUGGACUUUCGUUCGCUUUGCGACAUUGUGAUAGGCCAGGAAUUGGGGCAUCACCAUGGCAGGAGAUGAAGUUCGGCAGAGGAAAGGAGGUGGCCGCAAGAAGUCCAAGAAGGGGAAAGGGAAGGGUGGUCUGGAUAGGACAAGCAGUCUAGAUGGGCAAAAUGACCUUCUUUUACCCCCACCUACUACACCACCCAAGAAGCCUGUGGAGGAGAAGACCAAAACAGCCCAGGCUAAGAUAGAAGAUGAGUCUGCCAUAUCUAUCUGCCUACAGGUGUUUUUCCCCUACCUGCUGGCUGGGAUGGGGAUGGUAAUGGCAGGCAUGGUGCUCGAUAUUGUACAGCACUGGGACGUAUUUAAAGUGAUCACGGAGAUCUUCAUCCUGGUACCUGCUCUGGUCGGGCUCAAGGGAAACCUGGAGAUGACUCUAGCGUCUCGACUCUCUACUGCUGCUAACACCGGACAGAUGGACGACACCAAACAGCAGUGGAUGAUGGUGACCUGUAAUCUUGCUCUUAUUCAGGUUCAGGCUACUGUAGUGGGCUUCCUGGCAGCUCUUGCAGCUGUGGCUCUUGGUGCUGUGUCCAGAGGAAGUGUUGAACUGGACCAAGCCGCUGUGCUGUGUGCUAGCAGCGUUACCACUGCGUUUGUGGCAGCACUGUCUUUAGGUCUGAUUAUGAUUGGUGUGAUCAUUGGCUCCAGGAAGGUGGGCAUCAACCCUGAUAAUGUGGCUACACCGAUAGCCGCCAGUCUGGGAGAUCUCAUCACUCUGUCUUUACUGGCUGGAGUCAGCAGCACUCUGUUCCAGUACAGAGAUGUAUGGUACUUGUCCCCUCUGGUGUGUGGCUUCUUCCUUCUACUCAUUCCUUUCUGGGUGGUCAUCGCCAGACGCAGUCCUCAGAUUAAAGAGGUGCUCAAGUCCGGCUGGCAGCCUGUAUUAGUGGCCAUGUCCAUCAGCAGUUUUGGAGGUCUUAUUCUUGAUAAGACUGUGAGCGAUCCGAACUUUGAAGGAAUGGCUGUCUUCACGCCUGUCAUAAAUGGUGUGGGGGGAAAUCUGGUGGCCAUCCAGGCGAGUCGGAUCUCCACCUACCUUCAUUUCUGGAGUGUCCCUGGAGUGCUGCCCUAUAAGAUGAGACAGCACUGGCCCAAUCCCUGUGUCACAUUCUUCUCCUCUGGAGUGAACUCCAAGUCAGCCCGGGUGCUGUUCCUCCUGGUGGUACCGGGUCACCUGUUGUUUCUCUUUGCCAUUAAUAUGCUACAAGGUGGUCACACUGCCAUCACGCCAGCCUUUACCUGCUGCUACCUGGGCGCUGCUCUACUUCAGGUCGGGAUCCUUAUUUAUACGGCUGACUUGAUUGUGCGUUUGGUGUGGAGGAAAGGACUGGACCCUGAUAACUUCUCCAUCCCAUACCUGACUGCACUGGGUGACCUGUUAGGCACGGGGUUCCUGGCCCUGUGUUUCCAUCUGGUCAUGUCAGUGAAGGGGCUUGGCCUGUAAGAUGCCAGGCCUCCUCCACCCACUCCCAGCUAUAUCUCUGGAGCCUCUGCCGCCCAGGCUGGCUGCAGUGGCUUUAGAGAUGCAAACUUGUCUAAGGGAAGCUGAGCUUGGUUUGGACAGAAUAUAAGCCACCUUUCCUAUGUAAUAACAGGAUGGGUUGAAUGGAAAGAUACAGUUUUGAUUAAUGACAGGUAUGGACUACUACCUGACAGUCUGUAUACAGUUUUACAUGAGCUCUAGGUGUGUUGUCCAGUUGCCACAAUGCUGCUUUCAUACAUAUUUCACAUGAUUACUGACCACAAAUGGUCAAUCUGAUUUUUUAUGUGCUAUGUAUACAUUGAAUUUGAAGUUUACAAGAUGUAAGGACCCUGAAGGAUUUUUAAUUGUUUUGAAGUAUCUCUUAAAAUUAGGAUCUAUUUUAAUGUACAUGGUAAAGUCACAAAACUUUGUUGGAGGUCAUUCCUUUGUGUUAGUAUAUGCAUAUUAGGUCAUUAUUACCGCUCGACAUUUCUACUGGAUUAUGAAAAUAUGGUUUAUUUAGAUGCUGUGGUCAGUGUGCCUCUAAGGUUCUAAUAUUUUGCAUUUGCAAUGGUUCUUUUUCUGAAAUACCAUAUUUUAAAUAAAGACAAAAUAACCAUAAUAUACAGUACUGUGCAAAAGUCUUAGGCACAUAAGGUGUUUCACAAAAACAUUUGUCAUAAGAUGAUUAUUUAUAUCUUCAGCUUUAGUGCGUCAAUAGGAAAAAUAAAUUUUAGACUCGCAAACAUUACUUUUGCAAAUAGAAAAGAUUAGAAUAGAAGAACGGCACUCUGCAAGAGAUGGCAUUGCCCCUACAGAACAUCGAGUCAGUUUGAGAUUACAUACAGAGACAGCAGCAAUUGAGACAGCCUAAACAGAUAGAAGAACUGUGGUGAAUUCUCCAAGAAGCUUGGAACAUCCUAUCUGCCAACAACCAAGAAAAACUGUGUCCAGGUAUAACUAGGAGAAUUGGUGCUGUUUUAAAGGCAAAGGUGGUCACACCAAAUAUUGAUUUAGCUUUAUGUUUACUGGACUUUGUAUGAUGUUAAUUGAUAAAUGAAAACUAUUUAUGGCAUUAUUUUUUGAAGACAUCCUCACUAUGCAACAUUUUUCACAAGUAACUAAAACAUUUGUACAGUACUGUGUAUAUAUAUAUAUAUAUAAAAUUUAAAAAAAGAUAAAAAUAUUAAAAAUUAUAUGUAUUUUAUAUACACUUUAAUAUAAAAAUAAAAGGAAUAAUGCACCCUAAAAAAUGAAAAAUCUGUCAUCAAAUGCAUCAAUUGAAAAAUGUCCUUACAACUCAUGUACUAUAGUUUUUCCGAUAUCAUUUAAUAGGUUUGGAUGAGAAACAGAUCAAAAUUUAAAUAAUUAUUCAUUGAAAAUCUAGAAACUGCUCUAGCUUUCUUUGGUGCAAUUAAAGUAACAACAUUC